AUGGAUCACAAACUGGUGCUCGCCACUUUAGCACUGCUGCUCAGUGUCUCACAGGGCAAGCCUCUGAAGGGGGACCAAAGUGGAAAAGGUCAAAGAGAAAGAAGUAGCCCAGGGAUCCCUGAAGAUAAGGAUGUCUUCAGCAUCAUCUUAGAAGCCAAUAAAGAAAUCAAAGCGCAUAUGAUGGAGGGUGACAUUGUCAUGUCAAACUCCAGGAAUGCCAUGAACUGCCCGGACAACUCAUGCUUUUGGCCGAAGGCCUCUGAUGGAUUUGUUUAUGUGCCUUAUACGAUCUCCAGUGAAUACAGUGCUGAAGAGAAGGCAAUAAUCUCCAGUGCAUUCCCAGACUUCGAUGUACAGACCUGCAUUAGAUUUAAACCACGAACUACAGAAAAAGACUACAUAAAUAUCAGUCCCCAGAAUGGCUGCUGGUCCAAUAUUGGAAAGUAUAAAGGCGCUCAGCAAGUGUCCCUGUCAAAGGGAGGCUGUGUUUACAAAGCCACGGCUCAACAUGAGCUCAUCCAUUCGCUAGGCUUCUAUCACGAGCAGAGCAGACCUGACCGCGACAGCUAUGUCAGAAUCAACUGGCAGUACAUCCCAGAAGAGCAAGCUUCUAACUUUUACAAGCAGGACAUUAAUACCUUGGGCAUGCCAUACGACUACACCUCCAUCAUGCAUUAUGGAAGGGAUGCUUUCUCAAAUACAACUGGACAGCCUACUAUUGUACCCAUUCCAGAUGAAACGGUAGAAAUCGGACAGAGAAUAGCAAUGUCUCCUAGAGAUAUUCAAAAGAUCAAUAAGCUUUAUGGCUGCAGUAAUGUGGCUGCAGUGCAAUGCGGAGGCAUACUGACUGCUGUGAGUGGAACUUUUACAUCUCCCAAUUAUCCACUGGAAUAUCCCACUAAUACAGACUGCACAUGGAUCAUCAACGCCCCUAAAGGGUACAAGGUCUCACUUACCAUCAGUUCCUUUGAUGUGGAGUAUUCUGAUGACUGUUCCUAUGACUAUCUCAUUCUCCGAGAUGGACCCAAGACUACAUCCCCUGUACAGCAAACCUAUUGUGGCUCUGAACCCAUUCCCUCCUUCACCUCCAGUGGAAACGCUGCAGUGGUUCAGUUCCACAGCGACGACGUAGAAGUCGGGAAGGGAUUCUCAGCCAAGUACAAGUUUGGCCGCAGUAACUUUCCUUACAAUUGGGACCCUCCCAGCGGCUAUCUGGAGCCGCUCAGUUCCUUGCAAUUGGGACCCUCCCAGCGGCUAUCUGGAGCCGCUCAGUUCCUUGCAAUUGGGACCCUCCCAGCGGCUAUCUGGAGCCGCUCAGUUCCUUGCAAUUGGGACCCUCCCAGCGGCUAUCUGGAGCCGCUCAGUUCCUUGCAAUUGGGACCCUCCCAGCGGCUAUCUGGAGCCGCUCAGUUCCUUGCAAUUGAGACCCUCCCAGCGGCUAUCUGGAGCCGCUCAGUUCCUUGCAAUUGGGACCCUCCCAGCGGCUAUCUGGAGCCGCUCA